GACGAUCCGUCGGCCCGAGCAGCAGAUACUGGAACGGGGACUCAUCAUCAUCAUCAUCAUCAGCCAAGCUUAGAGACAUCGUACUAGGGUACCACGCGACACGAAUCGUGGUCGCUGACGAUCGUCCUCUCCCACUCACGGACUACUGCACAGACGUUGCCGACCUUAUUACAGUCCUCUACUCUCUCCAAGCAGUGAUAUUGCUCAAAAACCCAAACGCCUGCUACUCGUGUGACCACAUCAUCGCUCAAACCCUUCUCCAACUACUGCUGCCGGAUUCAGCAUCAAUUUUCCCCGCUUGAAGGAAACCAACAGAAGAAAAAAAAAGAUAUCACAGUCCCCUACCAAAGGUACCUACCUCCAUCUCGGUCACCAUCAUGGGCCUCAUCGACAGAAUCAAGGCAAAAAUGGAAAUCCGCCGGCUGGAGCAACGCUACACCCGGCGAGAAAAACGCAGCACCUUCAUCUCGGGAGCGCAAUACGUCGAUGGCGAAUACGUCUACAACCACAACACGGGAGGAAGCAGUAGUGCAAAUUCCUCCAGCAGUAUUGGAAGCACCAGCAAUCACCAUCAGCCUCAUCAUCAGCAGCCGCAGCAGCAGCAGCAUCAUACCAAUACCAAUCAUCGUCACAGUAUGAUCAACAACAACCACCACCACCACCACCACCAUCG